AUAUAUACAUACAAUUGAGCAUAUGGGAUAAUGAUUCUAGCAAUAACAAACACUACAACUACAAUCCAUAGCAGCAAGAUAUAUAUCUUUCUUAAGCAAGUGCUCACAUCAAACGCACUUUGUACUUCUCUUUUCUGGGUUCCGAUCGUCAGAGCUAGUAAAGACAUGAUGAACAAGAAUGCUAGCCGUGCUGCUGCAGCUUUUGGAGGCGUGGCAUCGAGGCUGCCAAGGAGGAGAGGGCAGAUCAAGUUGAGGAUUGCAGCAGCUGCUAUUCACUCCAUUGUUUCUCUUCUCUCCAGAACUUCUUCUUCUGCCUCCUCUGCUGUUGCUCUUCAUAGCAGCAGCAACGGAAAUCACCACUGAUGCUGCAAAGUUAGCAGCGUUCUUGUACUCCAAUUCCCAUCUGUACAUUUCUGGUUUUUUGUUUCCCAUGUACUUAGAGUGAACCGACCCAGUUCGUGUUUUGCUUAGCUUUUUGGUUGCAAUUGGGUUCAUGAUAGUUUUCUUGAUUGGUUACUAGUUCUCAAGCGGGUUCCAACUUCCAAGAUACAUAUUUGAGCAUGGUCCGAGUAAUUAUGUGGCCAACCUGAGUUCUACAGUGAGCAUAACCUCUGCCAUUGGUAUUUGACGACCAAAUCAAUACGUUCCAACUUCCAACUUUAACCUCAAGGUGCUAGACCCAACCAGACACCAGCUAAACUAAGGAUGAACCACUGUGGCUUGUAGCUGUAGUAGGAUGUAAUGAAUGGGAUAAAAGCGUAAACAAGAUUUAAUUUGGAGACUAGUUUGUAAUUAGAAAGACAUAUAAAAAGAAUGGUGUGCUGUAAUGGAGAGUUAUCUUCGAAUAACAUAAUACAAAAAUC